AUGGAGCAUUCGUGGGAGACGGCAGCCUCGCUCGCCUCGCUAGGAGGCGAGAGCGAGGAAGAGGAGGAGGCGUUCCGCCCUCCCGUCUCCGCGGCGGCGGGCGGCGACGACGGACUGGACGAGCCCGUCCUCCUCGUUGACCUCGCUGCGGUCGCCGCGUCGGCGGGCGGCGCCGUCACAGACAUGCAGCAGGCGCGGACGAUGGUGUUGGAGGCGCUGGGCGGCGAGGACGAGUUCCUCGCCCGCUCCGAGAACCUCUUCGCCUCGGGCCACUGCCGCCACGCCGAGCGUCGCAGCUGCGGCGCCGAGCGCGAGGCGAUGGAGGCGGAGCGCGGUGGCGGCGCGGUCGUGUCGGUGAUCUUCUACCCUCCGAUCUGCGGCGGCGUGCCGCUGCGCGAGCUGUGGCGCGCGGUGCGCGAGCCGUCCGAGUGGGAG